AUGAGUAGCUCACUUCCAUCGAUACCCGUAUCGCCUUUUAUCAAGGCGUUGCUCCAAUGCGCAAGUACCCUUGCCCAGGCAACAAAAGAUCUUUCAGAGGCCUCGGCAAGACCUCCGACCACCAUCAAAGCCAAAGGAGAACUAACUCAGCUGAGCCAGCUGGUCCAAAGUCAACGAAACUGGAUUGAUGAUUGGACAAUGCAGAUGCAUUCCGUUCAGGGUGUAAUGCCAUCUCAUUGGGAUGCAGACAUAAUGGCAAGACAGAUCGCAUCGAUUGACAGUCAGUUGUUUGAUCUUGUUGUACUUGAUCAAACCUCAUUGCUUCACAUUGAGACCAGACAGAGCAAAUGGAAGCCUGUCCUAGACUUUCAUCGGUAUCUUUCCCACAGUUUUUCACAUCAGCUCAUCUACUUUUCUGGAAAUCCAACCGAGAGUGAUCCCGAGACACACUUGGUUGCAUACCUUGUACGAGUGGCCUAUUUACUUUUGAAUACCUACCGAGACUUUUCGGGGUUCGCCGCAAUUGUCUAUGCACUCCAGUCACCUGCUGUCCGUCGUCUGCACUCCUUGUGGAAGUCUUGCCCUUCACUUUCCUUGGCCUCCAUAGAUGAAUACCUCUCGGUGCUAUCACCCGAGAAUACAUACGAAGCCUACCAUAAGAUGCUUCAUAACACACUUGUUCCUUAUUAUACACGCGAUCAAACCACAACCAAGAGAGUAGCUGUACCAUGGGUUGAGGCCCAUGUGGGUCGAAUUGCUUUAAAUCAGCGCCAGGGAGAUCGAAAAAAUGUGAAUCGCCAGAUGAGCAUCACUCUAGGCAUCUUAGAAUUAUGUCAACGCAACACGAGCACACAGCCUGCUGCUUGGAUUGAAGAAGCCCUCAAUUUUAGCGGCACACUUAUAUCUCCUCCUCCCCUUCCUCCUCCUUCCAAGGGCUCCUCCUCCUCAUACAGACCCUUUCUGGACAACGCAUUAGCCAACAUUCCUGCCCUCGAUCUGCGAUUUAUCCUUCCAGAAAACUCGCUCGUAUAUCAUUGGAUUGUAUCCAGAGUCUAUAUGUCUGAUGAACAACUAAUGGAAGAAAGCUUUGCAGCUGAGCGACCAGUUUCUGCUCCAAUAAUGAUUCAAUCUGCAGAAGAGAUUUUGGAAGAACUUGGUUUAGAAGAAAUGGAAGUAGAUGCUGAUGUCGAUAAUCAAGAAACAGAAGAAGUCAGACGAGAAGAAAUAUUUGAUGAAGAAGUUUUGGAAGAAGAUGAAGUCCAAUACGAGGCUCAGCAACAAGAAGAAGUUAUUGAAGGGGAUGAGGGUCUAUUUAAUGAUUAUGUACCCCUCUCAGUUAUUGCUGAGCAAGAAGAGGAGUACGAAGACGAUGUAGUUAUGGUUGCAGGUGGCAGUAGCGUAGAUCAGACAAUCCAUGCCCAGCAAUUUACAGAUUCUACGGUGGGUAAAUCAUUACCUAUUGUAUACCAAGAAAACUCUGCACCUCAAGUAAUCGAUGAGACGCAACCUCAUACAGAUAUGGGAACCGCUGCUACUACCUCUGUCAACAAUGACAUCCCAAAAUCAGCAGAUACUAAAUCAGAAACACAAAUAGCAGAAACGGUAAAGGAACAUCAGGAUGAUGAUAAAAAUAAGGAAGAAGAAGAAGAGGAAGAAGAAUGGAGAGGAUACCCUGUAUCUACAGAAAAUGAUGACGAAGAAUCAGAGAAGUGGGAAGGUUAUAUUGGUUCUUUAAGUAACACCAAUUUACCAAAUACAAGCGAAGACAAGGAGGAUGUAUGGACAGGCUACCGUGAACCUUCAGACCCAUCAUCACGUCGUGAAUCUUCACUCUCUGAGGCAUCCGCCGAAUGGAAAGGCUACUGUGCUACAUCUGAAGAGGCCAAAUGGGAAGCAGAGGCCCGCCUGAAAGUAGAAGAGAAAGACUGGCAAGGCUACACUCUUGAGACACUGCCAGAUUCAGAUAUGGAAGGUUCUUUAUGUUUAGAUAGUCAAGAUCAACGUCAUAUGGUAAGGCAAUCGUCAGACCAAGAUCAUGGAUAUACAUCACUCCAAAACACCCAACUCAAGACUAUUGGUAAAGCAGCUGCACGCAAAAUUCAGCAAGGACCUCCUGUCAACCAUACCAUACCUGCCUUCUCCCCAUAAAUAGCAGUAAAUACAAUAUUUUUCUAUAAAAAACUCGAUCUUAACAAAUAGCACUGGGCCUUUAACGCAACCAAAAAUAAAAGAAACAUACUAUAGU